GCCUCACGCAACAGGCCCCUGCAACUCGCCAUCAUCGGCUCCGGACCGGCUGGCUUCUAUUCUGCAUACAGAUUGCUCAAGCAGCUCCCGGAUGCACGAGUGGACAUGUAUGAGGGCCUGCCUUCGCCGUAUGGACUGGUUCGGUUCGGCAUUGCGCCCGAUCAUCCCGAAGCAAAAAAGUGCGCAGAGACGCUGCCGGACGUCGCGAAAUACCCUGGCUUUAGCUACGUAGGCAAUGUGCCGGUUGGUGACGCUCCACUGCACUUGCCGCUCUCAUCAAUAGCACCACACUACGACGCUGUGCUUUUCGCGUAUGGAGCCUCGAAAGACAAGAAGCUGGGCGUGCCAGGCGAGCAUCUACAAGGAGUACAUUCUGCACGAGCGUUCGUGGGAUGGUACAAUGGCCUGCCUCAGUAUGCACAUCUGAACCCAGACCUGCAAUCCGGCGAUACUGCCAUAGUGCUUGGCCAGGGCAAUGUCGCCUUAGACCUUACGCGAAUCCUUCUCAUGCCCCUGGAAGAGCUUAGGAAAACGGAUAUCUCAGAGCAUGCCGUAGAGGUACUCAGUAAGAGCAAGAUUAGAGACGUUAAGAUCAUCGGGCGAAGGGGGCCACUCCAGGCACCUUACACAAUCAAGGAGCUUCGUGAGCUCACGAAACUACAAGACGUUGGGUUCGUCCCCCCUCCAGAGGGCUGGGACGAGCUCAUCCAGAUUGAGCGUAAGAAGCUGCCUCGUCAGCUGAGGCGCAUCGUGGAGGUGCUUGAGAAGGGCAGUCAGACGCCAAUCGAAAAGGCAUCCAAGGCAUGGCAGUUGGGCUAUUUACGCUUCCCGGUAGAAUUCAUGGCGAACAAGAAAAAUGGCCCAGAUCUCGCAGCCGUAGGCUUCGAGCAGAUGGAAUACGUUCGGCCACUGAAUGAAUAUUUGACAGGCGAUCCUCAGCAGUCACUGUAUGCACUUCGCGCAGCGAAAGUCAAAGCAACAGGCCAAAAGUCCAUGAUCACAGGCACGCUGGCCUUUAGAUCUAUUGGAUACGAAUCCGAAGCUUUGCCUGGAAUGGAUGCCAUUGGUGUUCCAUUCGACACCAAAAAGGGCAUCAUACCGAACGAUCGCUAUGGACGCAUCUUGUCACCGGAUCGUGGCCCCGGUGAUCUGACCGCAGGCCAUGUCCCAGGGAUGUACUGUGCUGGCUGGGUGAAGCGUGGUCCCACUGGGGUUAUCGCUAGCACAUUAGACGAUGCAUUCACGACUGCAGAUGUCAUUGUGAAGGACUGGAAAGACGGGGUGCCUUUCAACGAAGGCGGUGACUGGUCGCGAAAGGCUGGCUUAGAAGAAGUGAAGAAGACCAUUGCGGAAAGGGGGAUUCGUUCUGUCAGCUGGCAGGACUGGGAGAGGAUCGAUGCAGAAGAACUUAGACGUGGCAAGGAGAAGGGCAAGGAGCGAGAGAAGUGCAGAAGUGUACAGGACAUGUUGCAGAUACUC